AUGACCAUGACCAUGACCGUAGAUAUUACUGGUUGUCAUAAAUUACUUGAACAAUUAUAUCAUGACACUAUUAAUCAAAAUACAAAUUUAAUGGAAAUAUUAAGUAUUGUUAAAUCAUCUACUACUAUCACCACAACCACCAAAUCUUCUUCACUUCCAACUAUUGCCAGAGGUUUACAAACAAAACAUUCUAAAUUAUUAUCAUUAAUUAAUCAAAGUUUGAAAAAUUUACAAAGUCAUCCUACUAAUGAAAAAGAUAUUUUCAAAAGUUUUAUUAAUGAAUUUAUUAUUUGGAUUGAUGGUGAUAAUACUUUAAAUUUAUUUGAUAAAUAUUCUUUUGAAUUGAAAUCUCAAAAACUUUGUGAUUCAAUCACUGAACGUAUCAUUAAUUCCCCCAUUGAUAAUUUAAUUAAUCUUAUAACAUUUAUUGAUUCUUGUGAAUAUCAUUUACGUAAUCCAUUUAUACUUGAUAAAUUGACUAUUAUCACCAAAAAAUUACAUGAAAUUAUCACUAAUCAUGAUAAUGAUGUUUAUUAUAAAAAAUUAAAUAAUAUUUUGUUUUCUAAUGUUAAACCAUUUACAUCAAAUUUGAUGAAUAUUGAUAAUAAUACUUUUGAUGAAUUAGUUUCAAGUUAUUUCACCAUUGAUCAAAUAAUCGAUAGAACUGCCGAUGCUAAAUUGUAUUUGGGUGAUAACAAUAAACCCAUUGAAUUAAUGUUGUUAGAUCUUGCUGGUACCGGGAUUUAUAAUUCAUUAGCAAUUUUAUCAAUUGAUUAUAAUGAUGAUGAUGAUGAUGAUGCUGAUGUUGAUGUUGAAAUUUCUCGUUCAUUAAUGUAUCCACCAUUUAGAAUCAAUGAAUUAUCAUUAUUAAAUACUUCUAAUUCAAUUAUACUUAAAUCUAUUGAUUUUUUAUCAUCACCAAUAACAAGAACAACCACCACCACCACCACUACUACUACUACUACUACAGAAAACGUUAUAACUAUCCAUUGUGAUGAUACUGAAUUAAUACAAAUAUGGGUACUGAAUUUAUCAAGAAUUUUCCCCAUUCAACGUAACAACUUUACUACCACUACUACUACUCCUGGUGAUGAUAAAUUUUUACUUGAUUCUCAUCAUUCAAGUCCAAUUAAUAUGACUGGAUUAGGUAUUAAUGUGAUAUCUGAUUCUGAACUUAAACAAAAUAUGUCAUCCCUAGAAGAAGAAGAAGAAAGCAUUAGUACUCCUUCAACACCAGAAAGAAGGACAAUUCCAUUCAGAGAAUUGAUUGAUAGUCCUACACCUACACCACUUAAAAAAAAUAGCCCAUCAUCAAAUGAUGAAGAGGAAGAAGAAAUUAACGAAAUUGUGGAUAAUUCUGGUUCAACAUCUAAUUCUUCAAUAACAAGUAAUGACGAUGAUAACCAGGUCAACAACAACAACAAUAAAGUCAAAUUACAAUCACAAUAUGAUCGUACUGUUCCAUUAAUUAAAAAAACAUUAUCUUAUAAUCAUCAAUUAGAUGAAGAUGAAGAUAACGAUGAUGAAAAAUAUUUUCAAAUCAUUAAUCGAAAGAAAAUAUCUGAUGAAUUUUCUUGUCAUGAUGAUCAAAUUGAAAAUAGACCAAAAUCAUCUCGUGGUGAAGUUUUAACCUAUAAUGAAAAUGAUAAUGAACCAUCACCUAUAGGUAGUGAACAACCAUCAGAUAGUGGUGAAGAAGACGAAGAUUUAAUAUCAACUAAAGAAAUUCAAUUGAUUGAACCAAAUGUUCCAUAUCAUAAACCAUCUUUAGCUAAUUCUGCUCCUGAAUUGAAUUUGAAAUCAAAACAAACUCCAGUGGAACAGAAUACUACUACUACCACUACCACCACCACCACCAAAUUGUAUCAACUUUCUACUGGUUCAGCAGUUGAUAUUAAUAAUUUUGGUAAAAAUUAUAAACCAUCAUUUAUUCAACCUAUUCAUAAUAAUGAUUCCAUGAAUUCAUUGAUAUCAUCUAAUAAAAGUAAUAAACAAAAAUUAAAGAAAAGAAGAUCAUUUUUUGAUUUAUUUAAAAGAUCAUCUAAGUUGAAUCUUAUUGAUGAUACUCCAGGUUUUGAAAAUAUUCCAACUAUCACUACAACAACAGCUACUACCACUACUACUAAUAAACCUGAAAAGCAUGAAACUAUCAGUCGUACUGUUAUAGAAGAAGAAGAAAAUGCUGAUUCUAAACCAAUUAGUAAACCUAGUUCUGCAUUACCUAGUCCAUUUGCUUUACCUUCAUCUACUUCAACUUAUUUUUUCAAACAAUAUAAAGAAAAUGGAUCUUCAUCAAUUAGUUUAAAUAAAACUCGUUCAACAAUUUCAUUAGUAUCACCACCAGAACAACAACAACAACAAAUAAUAGAAGAAGAUGAAUUAAUUAUACCACAAGAUUUAAAAGAUAUCAUUAAUCAAGAUUCUACUAUUGAUUUUUUCAUUUCCCCAACAACCUCAACAUUAACCUCAACCUCAUCAUCUUCCUCCUCUUUUUCUUCCUCAUUAAAAAUAUCUAAAUGGAAACAUCAAUAUGGGAAAUGGGAAAUGCUUACAAUUUCAGAAAAAAUUUUUAUUAAAAUAGUUAUUAAUUAUCAAUUACAAAAAUGUUGGUUUAUUGUAUUUAAAGAAGAAGAAACCGAUGAAGAAAAAGAAGAAGAAGAAGUUGAUGAAAUAAUUGAUAAACCAAUAUUAUUAUUAGAUAUUUCACCCAAUUUUACAAAAAUUCGUAAAUCUUCAUCAUCAGCACUUGAUUUACAAAUAUCUUCAAAAAAUUCUAUAACUAAUGAAAAAAUCUUGAUUAUGAUUAGAUGUAAUUCUGGAAAUUUAGCUAAUGAUAUAAUCAAUAAUAUUGAAAAUGCCCUAGGUGUGUUAUUAUCCACCACUUCCACUUCAACUUCUUCUUUAAGGACAAUAAUGAAAAGCAAUAAUAGUUAUGGAUCUUUGAAUACAUCUAAAUUAAUGAAUUCUGAUAAUACAUUAGCAUCAUCAAUGAUGGAUUUAAAUCAAAGUAACAACAACAACAACAGUACGAGUCAUUCAUCUACCUAUACUAGUUUUUCAUCAUCAUUUGGAACUCCACAACAGCCACCACCACCACCACCACGAAAACAAUCUUAUUCAUUAUCAUCAUUGGAUGGUAAUGAAAUUUAUAAUGCCAAUAUUAUAAAUAAUCCACACACUAUUCAUAUUAAUAAAAUUAAUCAAAUGCAAAUUCGUCUCCAAAAAUUACAGCCCAACAAGGGAGUUGAUGACGAUGAUGACGAUGACCACGAUGAUGAUGAUUAUCAACGAUUGAUGAUUUAUAAUCCAUCAUCUUGGAAAAUAUUAUCAAUGUAUAAAUUAAAUGUUGAUCAAUUAAUUGAUGAUUUAACUCAAAGAACUUUCUAUUAUUUUAAAUUAAUCAAUGAUGAACAACACCAACAACAAGAAGUGGAAAAAGUGGAAGAUGAGUUUAGAUGGUUGAUUUCUGAUGAGAUGAAAUUUCAAGUAUUAGAAAAAAUUGGUAAAGCUGGAUUAUUAGUCAAACAUAAUAGUAAUGGUAAUAGUAAUGGUAAUGGUGAGAUUUAUAUGAUUGAAUGUCGUGGUAAGAAAGAAUUUAAAACUUUAUAUGAAAUUUUUUUAAAACCAUAA